CAAAAAUAUCCCACUCUUCCUCCUAAAACCCUAGAAACUCGUAAUCCUCUUUCUCUCACAGUCGCUUCAGUACAACCAUGGCUUCCCUCAGCGAAGAAACCGCCAAGAAAGUUCUUCGCCAGGUUGAGUUUUACUUCAGCGAUAGCAAUCUUCCGAGAGACGAUUUCCUGAAGAAAACGAUAAGCGAAAGCGAGGAUGGGAUGAUAAGCAUGGCGUUGGUGUGCUCGUUUGCGAGGAUGAGAGGUCAUCUCAAUUUGGGCGAUGUGAAGGCCGACGCUGUCCCUGAAGAUACCGUUAAAGCUGUUGCCGAGACUCUUAAACAAUCCACCACUAUCAAGGUUUCCGAAGACGGGCAAAAAGUCGGUAGGGCUACCGAGAUUCUGAAGCCGGAGGAGGUUAUUGAGCAAGUAGACAUUAGAACAGUAGCUGCCGCACCGCUUGAGUUUGAUGUGAAGCUUGAGGAUGUCGAAGCCUUUUUUGGACAAUUUGGCAAGGUUAACAGCGUGAGGCUGCCUCGUCAUGUUGCGGAUAAGAAGUUGUUCUGUGGGACUGCUUUGGUUGAGUUUUCGACAGAGGAAGACGCCAAUAAGAUUCUGACCGAAACUUUGAACUUUGGAGGUGUUCAGUUGGAACUAAAACCUAAGAAGGAAUUUGACGCUGAAAGAGCAAAAGAGACGGAGGAAUAUGAGAAGACUCGACCUCUUAAAGGUUCAAAUCGCAAGAAUAACACAAACCAAGAGGAUGACUACCCUAAAGGCUUGAUUGUUGCAUUUACUCUAAAGAGCUCAUCAGAUAAAGAUUCUGCUGAGAAGAACGGUUUUCCUGAAGAAACAAAAAAGGAGAUGGGAGAUAUUAACACGGAGAAUGCUGAGAAGGAUAACAAGGAAAAUGUUGAUGAGAAAAGUAGUUUGGAUGAAGAAGAAAAGAAAACUGAAGAUGAUGAAAAGCCUGUUGAAGGAGGAAAGGCUGGAGAAAAGGAAGAAAAACUCAAUGCUGUAGAAACUUACAAAGAUAAUAUGGACGUUGUUAUGCGCGAGGAUUUGAAGAUUCUCUUUGGAAAAUUUGGCACCGUGAAGUACAUUGACUUCAAGAUUGGAGAAGUAUCAGGAUUCGUUAGGUUUGAAGAACCCGAAGCAGCUCAUAAAGCACGUACUGCUGCAGUCCUUACUGAGCUGGGAGGUCUUGUUGUGAAAAACUUCAUUGCUAUUUUGGAACCAGUCAGUGGUGAGGCUGAGAAGGAGUACUGGAAGAAUUUCCGCAGUAGUCAAGAAAAAUUCCGUGAAAGCAAGGGUGGCAAUCGUGGAAGGGGAGGCAGACACCAUAGGGGUGGCUACAAACAUGGCCGUUCAAGGGAUGACAACAACGGAGGUCGCCCAAACAAACACCGGAAGUUUUGAGUUCCAUGAAUUAACCUGUAUCUGGAAUCAAUUUUGUGCAAUACCGGAUUCCAGGCGAAAAUGAUGGCCUAGUGUUUCUUAGCUAUAAGCCUAUAAGUUGCAUUUUUUUAAAUAAUAUGUGAACAAUAAUGUAUUCCAUUUGCUAUUAGUGUGACCUUAACAAAUAAUCUAUAUCAAGCUUUUGCCCUUUCUCCCUCA